AUGUUUUUAGUAUCUCCUUUAAAUUUCGAAAUAUUUUGUUCAUGCUUGCAGCUUUUACCAGUAAUUUCAUGGGCAGACCAAAUUGUAAUACGUACAAAUUAUGGAGCCGUCAGUGGGAAACAAAAAUACAUACAUGGGAAAAAUGUCUUUCAAUUUUUGGGAAUACCUUUUGCGAAACCCCCUAUAGGUGACUUACGUUUCCGAUUUCCCGAACCACCUGAUCCUUGGAGUAAUAUAUUGGAUGCAACUAAACCUCCAAACACUUGUAUGCAACCAUUGCCCGAAUCCCAGGAAUUUCUCGAUGCUACUACACGUGUAUGGUUGAAUACUACAAAAAUGAGUGAAGAUUGCCUCUAUUUAAAUAUAUGGACAAGAGCAAAUAAUAAUUAUUCACAUGAUAUUGGUGAUCGAAAACAUAUGAUGCUUGAAAGUAGCGCUAUAUUUGGUCCUAAAGGUGGUCGACCUGUUAUGGUAUGGAUACAUGGUGGAAGUUUAAUUCGAGGCUCUUCAUCAAUUGAAAUGUAUAAUGGAGCUUAUUUAGCAGGAAAAAUGAAUGUUGUUGUCGUCAGUAUACAAUAUCGGUUAGGACCAUUAGGUUUUCUCUAUCUAGGUAAUGAUGAAAUACCUGGAAAUCAAGGUUUAAUGGAUCAAGUAGCUGGAUUACAAUGGGUUCGUGAAAAUAUAGCUUAUUUUGGAGGAAAUCCACAACAAAUUACACUUUUUGGUCAUUCCGGUGGUGUUAUCUGCGUUGCUCUACAUUUAAUCUCUCCAAUAUCUAAUCAUUUAUUUCAACAAGCAAUAUUACAAAGUGGUUCACCAUUAGCAUGGUGGGCUGUUGAAAGUUCGCAUACAGCUUUAGAAAAGACACGUUUAUUAGCACAAUUAAGUGGUUGUAAUGCUGUAACUGAUUCAAAUGGUCAAUAUUCUAAAGAAUUAGUUAAAUGUUUACGAAGUGUAGAAUCAGAAACAUUAGUUAUCAAUCAAUGGCAUAUGCAUUUAUUACGUAAUGGAGAGAAUUCUUCAAGAACUAAUCAAUUAAAAAAAUUAUACAGAAAUAGAGCAAGUCACCAUCUUUUAAGUACCGCUGGUUAUUAUUUUGAUGUGCCAUUUAAACCAGUAGUUAGUGCUCCAUUUUUACCUGAAUGGCCAUAUGAAGUAUUAGGUUCAGGCAAAUUGAAUAUACGUCAUCGUAUCAUGUUGGGUGUCAAUAAAGAUGAAGGCAUGUAUCAUCUUGUACAAAGUUUAAGAAUGUAUUUUAUGUCACCUGGUUUAUGGCCACAAAUGCCAAGAGAAUUUCGUCAUGAUAUAGCGCUUAUGGAUCCUCUAGAUUUGUUAGCGUUUUAUAUAAUGGAUGAAAAUUUCCUUCAGUCAGUUUUGUUACAAGCUACUGUUUUUGAAUAUCAAAUUCCUAGCCGAGCAUUAGGCACUGGUAGUUGGACAUCAUUAGAAGUUGUGAAAGCAUUGAAUGAAGUUGGUGGAGAUUACAAUAUAAAAUGUCCAGUUGUUGAAUUUGCUGACUUCUAUUCCCGUGGACCUAACGCACAGGUAUUUCUUUAUUCAUUUGAACAUCGUACAACUGGUUUAACAUGGCCUGAAUGGACUGGUGUUAUGCAAGGUUAUGAAGCUGAAUACAUAUUUGGUGCACCAUUUAAUCAAGCAUUUAUUGAUCAUUAUUAUAAUUUUACAUUAGAAGAAAAACGUUUAAGUGAAGAAAUAAUGCAAUUUUGGACAAAUUUUGCUUCAACAGGAUCACCAAAUUUAAAUCCUGGAGAAUUUCAUACACGUAAUAAAGAACUUUAUUGGGAUCGAUAUGAAACAUAUUCACCACAAUCUGUAGCAGUUCUCAGUGAAUCAUCAUCAUCAUCAUCAUCUUCUUCUUCAUCAUCAUCUUCACCAUCACUGGGAAUAUCAGGAGUAUCAGUAUCAAGUGGAUCAUCUUCAGAAAUUUCUUCAUUUAAAACACGAAAUGAUGAUUCACGUAAACAUAUGGUUUUUACAUUGCCACGUUCAUAUAUAAGUAAAAAUUUACGUAGACAUUAUUGUAUGUUUUGGCGUGAACAAUUACCAAUGUUAAGAGAACGGAUUUUAUAUAAUUCCGCGUGCAAAUCCCGUCAACCAACUACACAACAUGAAAUGACUGGUAAUAUAAACAAACAAUCUAUUGAAUCAUUUGGUACAUUAUAUCCAAAUAUUAUUAAAUCAUCUGAAUUGAAUACAACUAAACGUAAUCAAGCAUCAUAUAAUUUACAAUUAAAAGUUAAUUACAUUUUAAGCUUAUAUAUUAUUUACUAUUAUUGUUACUACUACUAA